UCUAGAGAAACGAGUCAGUUAGCGAGCUCGCUAGGAAAGGGACGUGUCAGUGAAGAAAGGUAGCUAGCUAGCGUAGUUUUAAUUUUUAAAAUCCACACAGAGCUGCAAUUUUCAGGUGGAGGCUGUCAAUUUUUCUUUAAAUAUAUUACGUGGACCGUUUAAACAGAGGACUCAACAAUAGUUUGUUUUCUUUCUGUCUAGCGGAGUCGACAUGUUAGCUCGUAGCUAGUGGUAGCUAAUGUUGGCUAGACUUGCUAUGCUGCCUGCUAGCAUAUGCGUUCGAUAGCUGUGCCUGUGUCAAUCAGUAUUUCUGGGAAAGGAAAGUCGGAGAGGCUUCUCUCCGCUAUUCUAUCUUAAUCACGGCGGCUUUGACAAAAUCAGAGACUUGGGACUCUUUUGAAAUACAACAUUUUGGAAGCUGGAUCAUUCCUAACCUAUUUAUUGUGGAGUGUUUUGUAUCAAAUCGUGGGGUCCGGGAAGCCGGGCCUGCAGUGGAGAAACGGAGUAAGGCCCAUGACCCAGUAGGAGAAGAAGCCAUUGGCAUUCUAGUUAGCUACUACUACUAGCUAACUGUCAACGGACAGCGGGUUUUCGGGGAAUAUAUUUUCUUUUGGCAGUGGUUCGUUCAGAGGCAAAAUACUUUCUUUUAAUUUAAAAACCCUAAAGACUCCAGCCACAGAUAUGGCUGCAAUAAUAAAGGAAAUCGUCAGUCGAAAUAAAAGAAGAUACCAAGAAGAUGGCUUUGACUUGGACUUGACCUAUAUUUAUCCCAACAUCAUAGCGAUGGGCUUUCCUGCCGAGAGACUAGAGGGUGUUUACAGAAACAACAUUGAUGACGUUGUUCGAUUUCUGGACUCGAAACACAAAAAUCACUACAAGAUCUAUAAUCUAUGUGCGGAACGCCACUAUGAUACUACAAAGUUCAACUGCCGUGUUGCACAGUAUCCGUUUGAGGAUCACAACCCCCCCCAGCUGGAGCUGAUCAAGCCCUUCUGUGAGGACCUGGACAAGUGGCUGAGCGAGGACGAGAACCACGUGGCAGCCAUCCACUGCAAGGCCGGGAAGGGGCGCACGGGGGUGAUGAUCUGUGCCUACCUGCUGCACCGCGCCAAGUUCGGGGAAGCUCAGGAGGCCCUCGACUUCUACGGGGAGGUCAGGACCAGAGACAAGAAGGGCGUGACAAUCCCCAGCCAGAGGCGCUACGUGUACUAUUACAGCUACCUGCUCCACCACCACCUGGAGUACAAGCCCGUGGCCCUGUUGUUCCACAAGAUGGUCUUUGAGACCGUCCCCAUGUUCAGUGGAGGGACCUGCAGGGACUCUUCAGUUAAAAACAAGAGUGAGCAGAUGCCUCAUGGCUUUCGAAAAGGGAAUUGGCACUGGGACCCCCAGUUCGUGGUCUACCAGUUAAAGGUUAAGAUCCACACCUCCAACCCGGUCCACACGCGCAGGGAGGAGAAGUACAUGUUCUUUGAGUUCCCCCAGCCUCUCCCAGUGUGUGGGGACAUCAAGGUGGAGUUCUUCCACAAACAGAACAAGAUGAUGAAGAAGGACAAAAUGUUUCACUUCUGGGUGAACACCUUCUUCAUCCCCUGGCCGGAGGAGAAGCCUGAGAAGCAGGAGAACUCUGACAGGGUGGAGAACGGCAGCGUGGCCGUGGGCCGGGAGGCCGAGGCCUGCCAGGCGCCGGGAGGCGAGGCGGCCCAGGAGAACGACAGGGACUUCCUGGUCCUCUCCUUAACCAAGAACGACCUGGACAAGGCAAACAAGGACAAGGCCAACAGAUAUUUCUCCCCUAACUUCAAGGUGAAGCUGUACUUCACCAAGACAGUGGAGGAGGGGGCGAAUUCUGAGGCCAGCAGCACCUCCACCUCCGUCACACCGGACGCCAGCGACAACGAGCCCGACCAUUACCGCUACUCCGACACCACGGACUCCGACCCCGAGAACGAGCCGUUCGACGAGGAGCACCACACUCAGAUCACCAAGGUCUGAGGCCUGGCGCAGGAGCCCGCGGACAGUUGUACGGACGGACAGAGGAAUAAAAAAAAAAAAAAAAAAAAAAAAAAAAAUGAAAUAAAAAAAAAGAGGGAAACUUGAAUAUAAACUACAAAACAGACAAGUAACUUCUCCUCCCCCCUUGCCUAGGGCAUCUGUAUGACAGUUAUACCCCGACCCCCGGCUUUAGGAAACCAUAAUGCUGACCAAUUUGACUCUUUUUUUCUUUUUUCUUUUUCUCUCGUCUCCUCCUUCCCUCCUUCAUGCAAGAGCGUUGCCAGAGAUUCACGCUGGGGGAAUUCAGUUUGAGGAGAGGUUGUUGUUGUUGUAAACCCCCCCCCUCUCUCUCUUUUCUUUAACUGAGGCUAGAGUGGGACCCUACAGAAUGGAAUGUUUAACUAGGCUUGAGACGGUCUGGGAGAGAGAGAAUGUACGAGAGAGAGAGAGAUCUGAUCAUUGGAUUAUCCGGAUGUUCAGCAGCUUCAUCUUCUGUGGAAUACAAACCCAUGGCCAGUGCUUCUGUCACCUUCGACACCCUCUGGACCCCCGAGCCCCACCCACUUUGGACACACACACACACACGCAGCCCUUAUCCCCUGCGCCCCCCUGCCAUCCUACCUACUGUGAAUGCUUCGUAGUGCAGACAGUCCAUCACACGUGUUGGUCGGCGCGGUGGACCCUGUAUGGUGGAAUCCCUCAGUCCAAUGUAUAAUUGUUAUAUUCACCAUGAUUAUUCAUAUUAUGAAUCUAUCUAACAAGUGUCCAUUCCUACUCUGUGUAGGGUUGUGUUGAAGGUAAGCAGAGAAACAUUCGCCUAUGUGUCGUUGGUGUUUUUACAUUAAGAUAAAUAAUAUAAACUAGCUAUACACAGCAGGGAAGUCACUUGUGUUGCAAUAAUGUUAACACUAUUAGGGUUCAACAGACAACACAUUGUGCAUGACAACAUUAUUGGAAUCAGUGUCCAUCUUGUUCAAUUCAUUGUAUUGUUUUUCUUCAACAAGAAAAGAAAACUAUUUCCUAAAAUGUCAUUUUGCAAGGUGAUUGAAUCUACCCAGGUGGCAAAGAUGUCAUAACUUUGUUUUCCGUUUUGGGUAGGGUCAUACGGGGGGGAGGUCAAAGACAUCUCUGAACUCCCACAAUGCAACGGUUCAUUGGCACAGUCUUGGUGACAAGUCACACAGAACCGUGUCGUAAUUAGUGCCUCCCUCACUCAAUCAUGUGUUUUGAGGGAAGGGAAUCUUUUUUUCUCGUUCUCUUUUGACUUUUUACAAAUGUCUACUAAGUUUCCAGCUCCCUUCCAUCACAGCCCAGACCUAGCAUCAGACCCUGCAUCACUGUUCCUGCGCAAGACUCCCUCCUUUGUCUCUGGGCCCACGUUCAUUUUCCACGGACUGAACCUUUUUUUUUUUUUUUUAAGCGAUGUCACCGAGCCGUCGAGCACUCCCAGCUGGCCGUCCGGCGUGGUCCCUUCCUGGGUGGGCCCCCAGCCACGAGCAGACCCCCAGGCCAGAGACGGAGGAGGCAGGCCGAGGUAUCGAAUGUAACCCUUCACCUCUGAGCUGAUCCUGGAGCAGUGAUGCACGGUCUAGGAGUAGUAGACCCACAGGGGCGAGAGGGUGUGUGUGGGGGGGAUCUCUCUAGUUUCUGUACAGCGGGGAGCAUCACUCCGCCUGCACACGGUGCCCCCCCCCCCCCCCCCCCCCGAAGCCAGGUGCUCUAGAACAACCACUCUUGGGAUCCGCAGCAACCUUCUAGGGGUGUUUCCCAUGGUGCAGUUCAGUUUGGAACAGCCCUCUUUCUGCCCUGCAGGGUCCAGUGACGUCACAAUGGGAUGGGAUCAGCCAGGAGUGUCCUUUCUGCUACCUCCCCUGCUAUCGUCUAGUCUAGACCCUCCCCCUCCCAGGAUCCCUUGUAUUCCGGACAUUCCAUGCGGAACCAAGGUGCUCACUAACUGCCAAACUACAUCUGUAGAAACGUCCCGCGAGAACAACACAGGGGCCGAGAGCCCCGUGCCUGGCUCAUGGUGCCUGGCUCAUGGUGCCUGGCUCAUGGUGCCUGGCUCAUGGUGCCUGGCUCAUGGUGCCUGGCUCAUGGUGCCUGGCUCAUGGUGCCUGGCUCAUGGUGCCUGGCUCAUGGUGCCUGGCUCAUGGUGCCUGGCUCAUGGUGCCUGGCUCAUGGUGCCUGGCUCAUGGUGCCUGGCUCAUGGUGCAUGCCACUCGUGCAUAUAUACUCUCUUACUCUCCACAAGGCCGGGCCGUGCUAUCUCUGUGAUCUCGUACAGGUGCUGUCCUUGUCUGACUGGGUCUCUCUUCUCUCUCAUCUCUUCCUGUCUUCUCUAAUUCUAUCUCGUCUCUUUUCCUUUUCUUAAAAAAAAACCCACAAAAAAAACAUACAGGUGUCAUUCCGUUACGGAAUGAGAACAGUGCAGCUACAGGUUUUACCGAAAUUCUCGCGCUUGCUUCGGAAAUAUGAAAACUCCUCCUAUAUAUGAGAAUAUUUAGAUAUGUAUCGUUUCUUUUUUAAGCAUGCCAAAAUUGUAGUUUGUGCCUGCUGGCCUGUGGGGGAUUGCUGGGCCGGUGGGAAGGACAGAAGAAAAAAGAAGAAAAGACCCCAGUUU